CAGCAUUCAUAAAAGCAAAGAGAGCAAAGAAGCGUGACGUGGAGGUGUAGAACCCGGUUCCCGCAAGCAACGGCCUAGAUUCUCUCUCAGUCACCCCCACCCCAGUAUACUCCUCCUCCCGUUAAUUAUCUUCUCUCAUUUCCUUCCAUUAUCCCUCGCACCAUACCAAUAGAUUAGCAUCUCUUUCUCUCUGAAUAGUGAAAGAAGGGAACAAAGAGAGAGACGGUAUGUCACUAGGGAAGCGUCCAAGGGGACCCAUGAGAAGAACAACAAGCAUGACUGGUAUUGCCGUUGAUCUUCCGAGCAACGUGGGCGCCGGUUCAUCUGAGCCUUCUGAUGAUACUACCCAGAAUCAUCAAAUGAUCAUCAAGGGUCUCCAUGCAACUGCAGGACUCGAAGAAGGGUCUCUUGAUUAUCACAACAAAAACAACAUGAUGGAUACUUCUUGUGGUGAGAAUACUAGUGGAUUCUUGCACGAUCAACCUUUCUUGGCCUCCGUGUUGUCACCAAGAAACCACCAUAAGAGCAGUGGCUCUGGUAAUCAUUUUGUGGAGGAUUCUCAUUUCUUGCGGACCUGUGGCCUUUGUAAACGCCGGUUGGCUCCUGGGAAAGAUUUAUACAUGUACAGGGGAGAUACGGCAUUCUGCAGUCAAGAGUGCAGAGCACAGCAGAUGAAACAAGACGAGAGAAAAGAAAACCGCAACGUUAUGAUAACAUCAAAGAAAGGAGAACGCCAUGCAUCAGCAUCCACCACAAGCUCCAAGUCUUCUCGUAAAAGUGAAACUGUGGCUGCUGCUUGACUUGUAGCUAGACUACUACUGCUUUUUAAGAGACAAAAGAUCAUGUGUCAUAAAUGACAACACAACGUUGUAGAAUUUCCUGGGAGAGAUAUAAUUAUUCCAUUACCCAAUCUCCUCUACUAUUAAUGAUCAGACAAAAUGUAUUUUACAUGAUGGCCUGCACUACAAUAUGAGGAAAACAAUAUUACAACUAAUUAUUAUGUAAAAUAUGUUGAAAAUCAUUUCAGAAAAAAAAAUAUAUUUAGAAAAUGAAUGUGGCUACAGUUAUUGUA